GUGCAUCACUGACAUUUGCUGUUGGUCCUUUUGCACAGCAAAAAUUGACAGAAGUAUUUCAGUUUUCAUGUCUGUUUUUUUUUCUAAGCAGACAUCUGGAGGUAAACAAUGACACCAUUUGGCUUUUUAAAUGCGGAGAUAAUGUGCCAAGUGCAAAAUUUUGUUUAAAGACGGCCAGUUUUGUAAUUUAGCUGUGAUUAAAAUGAACACUAAGGACAUGUUAGAUUUAUCGCUGCAAUGAGAUGCCAGCGAACGGAAGAAAAGAGCUGAUCGGACAGCUUUUCAAAAGAAGGCGGGACAUUUUAUCCCUCCGACGCACAGCGAGGGACUGUAAAAUAAAAAGUCGAUCAGCGUAUGAAGCUGGUGGCUGGGAAGCAUCAGAUCUGCACGCACUAACGAUGGAGCGCACACACUGACGCAAUCUACAGCGCACCAGGAAGAUGUCGCAGUACACUCUGGGAGUCCAUCUGCAGAUCCUACUAGCUGUGGGUCUGGCUGUGUUCUGCUACUGUCUGGUUCUUGGCUGCAUCCUUUGCUGUCGCAGAAAGAAGAACAUUUCAUCUGAAGACAAGGAAGCUGUUUUCUUGUCACCUCAUCCGGCUGAGAGUGUGACGAUGACAUUAACUCAUUCUCCUUGUAUGCAGCCUGUGAAACAGCAGUAUGAAGAGCUGGAUGGGGAUGUAAUGGAGUGUCCUUCCUCUAAAAGCAGCUCUUCCCUCUCUGAAGAUGACCUCACUGCUUUGCCCUUUGACCUGAGCCCAACCAGGUCAGCUGAGCUGGUGCAGUCUCCUCGGUCUUCCUUCCCGAUGCGGCGCCUCAGCACUCCUGCUGUUCCCUGCUCACCCAGUAAAGCACCAAGUCAUGGCAGAGCCUCUUUGCCCUCCAUCACUAGGCUGAGCUUUGUGUCCAAAUCCCGCCGUGUGAUGGGUCGCCGCAGCACUGUAAGUGGUGAAAGUUUUGCUUACAGUGAGAGCAGCCACCUGACUUCUGGCACUGCCAGAGCUCCCACCCAGCAAGGGGAGCCUUGUCCAUUACAGUAUGGCUUGAACUCUCUGUCCAUCUCUUCCAAGCCAGCUCCUCUCCUGCACUUCUCCCUGCUUUUCUCCUCUACCUGUGGCACCCUGAUGGUCAACAUCCUGGGACUCUCUGGGGACAGCAGGAGGCGCAGCGGGGUGUUCGUCCGGGCCAGCCUUCCACCUCUUUGCCCCUCCCCUCGUCACACAACCUCACGGCGGCGCAGCCUCAGCCCAGAUCUCCACAACCAGAGCUUUGUGCUGCAGGUGGGAACUGUGGAAGAGCUGCACACCUGCACCUUGAGGCUGGUUGUCUACAGCAGGGACUUCUCAGGCCUAAGAGAAGCUGUGCUUGGGGUCGUAGAGCUCCCCUGUGAGCAGAUUGACUGGGAGCCUGACACCACCACCACCUACACCAGGCAGCUGAGUCCAACUAAAAGAAAGCUGAAAAAGAGUCUGAGUUCUCAAGAGGCGCUGGGGCGCAGGAAGAGUUCAGUUUGUGCACCACGGCCUUUGGGACAACUCUUCAUCCUGCUGCAGUACCAGGCGCUGGCCCAGCGCAUCAAAGUGAUGGUCCGAAAGGCUGAGAAUCUGGCCAAGCUCACACGAAUCCCAGGAGCUCCAGAUCAUUAUGUUGUCAUAAACUUGCGUCAGGAUGGUAAAGUAAUUGAUACCAAAGAGACUAAAGGGGCCAGCGGUUCAAACCCCAUCUGGAACGCUCCGUUCCUGCUUGACCUGCCACCCGGUGACAUCACUCAGAUGUCGCUGGAUCUUGAAUUCAUUGUCAUGCAGGGCCGUCUCUACACUAAGAGCAGUAUCCUGGGUCGUGUGCUGAUUGGGAGGGAUGCUUCGGAGGCAGGACAGGAACACUGGAGGGAAAUGUGCAGUCUGGGGCAAAGAGAAACCACUCACUGGCACACCAUCCAAUCAGAUGCAACAAAGGACUGAUUACAUUGAACCACUAUGUUGAUGGUCCAUGUGUGCAGGGCUGAAGAAGAACCACGGAUCACUGCAUUGAAAAAUACAUUAGGAAGUUGUUAGGCUGUAGCAGUUCUUUCCAUAUCUGCAUCCCUACAUUGCCUUUGUGAAUAUUUCUACUGUGAUGCUGUAAAACUGUUUUUGUGGUUGUACUGUGUGAAAUUUCUGCUUAUGGUGUAGAGUUGUUUGUAUUGUGCCAAGAGGCUAGAAAUGGCUUGAACAAAGACAAAUUAGUUAUCAACCAUUUAGUAUGUUACCCUUCUGCCUGUGGUUUUCUGUGGUGUAUAGUUGUGAUAGUAUUUGUCCACAUUCUGUAUGGUGCUUAGUGUCUUCACUGUCUUUGGCAUGCCAGCUGAAUUGUUUUGUUUUUUUAUGUAUUUGCAACUGCAUCCAAAUGCAGUUUUCUGCCAUGAAAACUGAAUAUUUUGUAUGACACCACCCAGGGUCUAUUUAUGGAGUGGAAAAUGAGGGGUUUUUGGCUUGUGGUAUCAGAUUGUGCAUCCCUAUCUUCUUGAUUUAAUGUCACAUAAUAAGUUGGACUCCCCUUUGUUUUCAUAGCGGUUGUGGACCAAGCUGACUGGUGCUAGCCUUGCUAAUGGGACUUUUCAUGUUAGCACAUUGCAACAUGAGGCAGGAGAAUGUGGUGCACUGCUACAUAAAACAACACUCAAUGAGACAAAAAACAAACCCAUUGUUGUUUGUUUAAAUGCCAGACCCUGUCAGAUCCUGAGUUUGUGGGACAACUUAAAAACGAGGUGGUUUUCCCUGGAAAACACCAAGAUAAAGUUAGUAAAUUUUCAGGACAUCAAUUAAAUAUAUGAUAAAGCUGCUUUAUCCGUACAUUAAACGGCAGGAACUGUUAGUAAUACCCAUGUUCAUGUGUACUUGAUCUGAGAUGGAUGACUUUGGUAUGAACACAUAUGUUUUUGCAGAAAUAUUCUACUCUGUCUGCCUUUAAGCUCCAAAACAUAUAUUUGACCAAGUUGAUAUUAAGUAUGUUGAUUGUGAAAAUAACAUGUAUUUGGAAGAAUUCACACAUGCAUAACAAUAUUUUUUUUUAUACUAAUAUGUAACCUUUGCUGUUAUUCUUUCACAAAAAAAUGAAUGUGUUGUGUUUGCUCACCAUGCCUGCUGGCAAGUAUACUACUGUAUAUAUGAAUGUUGUUAGUUUUAAAAGGGUAUGGUUUCAGAAAAUUUAAAAUAAAUGACCACAAAGCUUCCAAAUCUGAGGAUUUAACUGAUUUUGGGCAAUGCCUGAAUAAACUGACAUAACCAUUAAA